AAUAAUCUUAAGGUUGAUCCUUAAAAAUGUAUUCCUUUUAUUUAUUUAUUUUUUUUUAUGAUCCUGAAAUAACGCGUUCUUUAUGAACUAUCCAUUUAAUCACAGUGAUAUUAUAAGUGUUAAACAUUGAGGACAACAAAAAACACAUACGUAUUUUACACAUGAAUACAUACAUUCGUAUACGCAACAUGUACGCACAUAUAGACAGAUUGAAGAAUACAUCGCGAUACAUGGAAUUUUCACAAAAACGUAUCGUUACCACAUAUUUCCAGUCAGGAUGAGUCCCGUAUUGGCCGUUGAGUUAUUGUUCUUCGCCAUCUUCGGUCAGACGACCCACGAACAAUUCAAGGUUGAAAUAACGCAGCCCGAAUGGACCAAAGUUCUCUUCAAGCUCACCUUCGGUAUUUAUAUGCUGGUUUCGGUGGUUGUGCUGAUUAAUCUUCUAAUUGCCAUGAUGAGUGACACUUACCAAAGGAUACAAGCUCAGUCCGACAUCGAAUGGAAAUACGGAUUGAGUAAGCUCGUUAGAAAUAUGCACAGGACAAAUACGGCGCCAUCACCGUUGAAUCUUCUUACCACCUGGAUGACAUAUUUGUUCAAACACUGCAAAAAACGCGCUGCGAAAAAACAACGACCUUCUCUUGUCCGCUUGAUGGGGUUGCAAAGAACAGACGCUCUUUCACCACGCUCCAAAAUGGCCACCAAAUGGUUAUCCAAAGUAAAAAAGACUCAAGUGGGUCAUAAAGAAAGUAUUGCCUUGUCGGUUGUUCAAUUAAGCCCUCUUGGCAGUCAAUUAUCGUUCAGUAACGCUGUCAGAAUCGAUAACGUUGUCGAUUGGGAAGCGGUCCGACGAAAGUAUCGAGAUCUUUAUGGUGAAAAGAUCGAAAAACAUGCUGAAGAAUCGAAAGAUAUUAUCGAACACGACCCCCUACCGGCCGUUUUGGAAAGUUCGUUGGCCGAUGUUCCCAUUGGAAACCAAGCUGUAUCUACUUCUGUUUCUUGAAUCGAUUAUUUUUCACGAUCGAUAUAUUGAAAAUGGAUCUAUUUGAACAUAUUCUAUCUAAUUGAAUAUAUUCUUCUGAUAUUAAACAUUAUUGAAAUAAAACGUACGAAUUUAUCAUUUUCCAAUAUAAAUGUACAAUCUUGCGUCUUGCAUUUGAUCUUUCUUGAAAUAAACAUCAGAGAUGACCGGAUCA